AUCGCAUAUUAAAGACAUAUAUAUAUAUAUAGUCCGGGAACUACGCGCACGACUCGUGCCCGGUUUCCGGUCGGACGUGUUUUUCCGUGGCGCAACCCGGAAGUGACGGGAUACCGACGGCUCGAGAAACAUUGUUUUCAUCCUUCGCCUCUCGACACGUACAGGUGUUGGACGCUGCGAGACGCACCAUGUCGUCGGAUUUCGAGACGUACGAGCAGGACUUCGGCACCUUGACGGCGGAGAUUACGAACAAAAUCGGGCGCAUCCCCAAACUGGCCGGCGAGGAGAAGACGCAGCUGGUUAUAAAUGUUGACAAACAGCUUGAAGAAGUCAGAGAGUUGUUGGAGCAGAUGGACCUGGAGCUGAGGGAGAUCCCAGUGCAGAGCAGAGGCAUGUACACCAACAGGAUGAAGAGCUACAAACAGGAGAUGGAGAAGCUCGAGAAAGACUUCAAAAGGUCACGCAUCGCCUACAGUGACGAGGUGCGGAAUGAGCUGCUGGGGGCCGAAGGGAGCUCCUCCGAGAGUCAGCUGAUAAAGUUACGUGAAGAGAGAGCACAUCUGCUGGACAAUACUGAGAGACUCGAAAGGUCAUCGCGCAGACUGGAGGCGGGCUACCAGAUCGCCGUGGAGACAGAGCAAGUCGGCCAGGAAAUCCUGGCCAAUCUGCACACUGACAGAGAGAAGAUCCAGCGCUCCCGAGAUCGGCUGAGGGAGACAGACGCCAACCUUGGGAAGAGCUCCAGGAUUCUGACGGGAAUGCUGAGAAGGAUCAUCCAGAACCGCAUCCUGGUCUUCGUCCUGGGAGCCAUCAUCCUGCUCACCAUCGUCUUGGCCAUUUACUUCAACAUCAGAGGGAACUGACCGCACCCCCCGCCCGCCCCGCCCCGCCCCCGACCCCUUCCUCAGCCUCCCCUGUGAUUGAUGGUGACAGAAGCACAGGCGGGACUAAUUAGGACAAAGUGGUCACAUUAAUCAUGUCUGGAGCUGCGAAGGGUCCUCAGCCCGCCUUUGUCACUCCUCCUCCUGUGUCUCUCUGUUGUUAUUUGUGUGUUUGCAUGGAAGCCCCCACGCCCUGCAGGUGGGAGGGAUCAUCGCGGUACCUUGGAGCCCUUGAGACGGGACAGGGAGGAACGUGGGCGUUCGUGUCCUCGUCCAGCCCUGCCGCUCUCCCAGCACACGGGACGAGGGGCUGUGUUCCUCAUGAUUGUUUGUUUAGUUCAUUUUCACUCUUUGCUUUAGGCUAAACUACACCCCCUCCCUUGUGGAACUUUAUUAGUUUGAGUUAAAGAAGCCCUCCCUUUCCUCGGCCAGGGCGCCGAUAAACCCUACAGAUGUUAAGUGUCUAUCAGGCCUUCCUGCUGCAGUCUUGUGUGGCAAAGGUCUGUAAGAACAUUCCGGAAAGGUCCGUUUCCAGGUCUCCUCAGUAAACAGCCAAUCAGCAUGGCCCCUCGAGGCUCCCUUUUCCCCAUCUGGGCCAACCGUGCUAGCCUGUAUCGGCCUGCCUUGGCCUGCGUUGGGGGCCAGUGAUCUCCGUUGGUCUUUGUUGGCAUCUCUUGACUCAUGUUGGCCUUCGUAGCCUGUGCUGUGCAGGAGCCCUGCCGAAUCAGCGCCUUUAGCAGAGGUGCCUCUCGAAAGCAGCGCUGAGCCAUGAUCCUCACACGUGACCCGUCCCUCCGCACACGACACGUGCUUCACAUUCCCUGGAGACGCCAGCUCCCGUGAUCAUUGUAAAAGUUGCAUGACGGCGCGUGAUACCUGUAUAGAACUGUAUUUAUUUAUAAGGAGAUUUCUAUUAUUUUGAUCAUAUGCUGUCGCUCACUAACACAUGUAAAGUGGUGUAAUUAUACAUAAUAACCCCUGAUAGACUGAUUUUGAAACUGGGGACCAAUAGCGAUGUAACACCCUAAAUCGGAGCGGAGAUCAGGUCGAGUCUGUUGUGGCAACACGCUGGCUGUUAGCGUGGCGCACGUCCCACCUUCUGGCACCAGGGGAGAAACGGCCACAGUAACGAGUCCCGUCCGCCGUCUCCGGGUCGGCCGUCGGCGAGCGGGAGGAGCGCCGGGGAGACCCUUUCAUAUCGCCAUCAUGAAAUAAAAUAAAAUAAAUAAAAGGGCGGCUUGCCCAAAGUGGCGAGUGUGAGCGGGCUGCCCGUGCGGGUCGACGCGGUGCGGCGCGGUGUGGGGGUGUGGCGGGGCCCGGCGGAGCGCUGCCACCGAGGCCAUUUGGUAUUCUGUUUCAGGGCGAGCGGACGGCCUUAUUUUGGAAGGCGGCUUGGUGGGGGGCUUUCUCUGGCGCGCUCUGAGCUCCCGCCUUCAAAGGCUCAAAUUAAUGGCCAACAAAAUUGUGCAGCUCUGGGUGUCCCGCGUGGGGCCGACCCGUCGAGACGCAUCAUUACGGCGAGGAAUCACGGAGAGCGCCGGGAGAAGGAGGGCGAGGGGGGAGCCGGGCCGCGGCGCGCCACUUUGACAAACCUCAUCAGAUAAUGACCUCGGUGAUUGGUUUCUCCAAACAGCAUGCAGAUUGAUCAGCCCUCUGAGCGUGCGUGCGUGCGUGCGUAUACACACACAUAUAUGUGUGUGUGUGUCUGUCUCUCUGCCUGCGUGCACGCACACGUGUGUGGCAGCACGUCUCUGUUCCUGUGUGUUCGUAUCCACUGUGUCGGGGUGUGUGCGCAUCUCCCUCUUUCUUUCUCCCUCUCUGUUUCUAUUUGUGUGUGUGUGUGUGUGUGUGUGUGUGUGUGUGUGUGUGUGUGUGUGUGCGUGCGCGCGCACGCCGUACUUCCUUCUCCCAACCUGUCAGAUGGUUUCGUUCCUGCAGCCCAAGGAAGGCAUGGCGGCUGCUCGCUAUUUGAAGUUGUAAUGGUGUCAGAAAGUCACGGCUGACUGACAGACGUCAGUCCCAGAGGGCCUCAUUAAAUCAUAAAAACUUGACAGGGGAAUAAUUGAGCAUCGCCGACAACUUGGUGUCCGUUUAGAUGUUUUUAUUUUCUUUCAUUAUUAGUCCUGGCUAUUAUGUUCAUUAAGAUAUCGCAUUAAACAAGCGGCGGGGGGGAGGGGGGCUAAUGAUUUGUUUAUAUCCCUUUUUAUUAUUUAAAGCUCCGCCAUGUCAUGAGGUAGCUUGGCAGACUCGCGCUAUCAUCUGCGAGGAUCCGCUGCUCCCACCCCCCGCCCCCGCCCCCGC